AUGGCAAACGUGGACAGGGAUACUGAAGAGACGCCUCGGACAACCGACCUCUUCUCGAUUCCAUGUGGCUGUCCAAAGCUUGUCGGGGUGGUGCCCCCUCUUGACAACAAUAGUGCCAUCACAUAUCGAUAUUUGAGCUUCAAUACGCUCCUUCCCAAACCGGCGGACAUUGUGUUUCAUGGCGCAGCCGGAUCAUCAACAAAGCCGACGGUCCCGGAUCUGUCCAAAUACAAAUCUCCUCUGCAAUGGCCUCGCUCGCGCAAAUCCUUGAUGCUGGCGCUUUCGUGUAUCGCCACCUUCCUCACUGCUUAUACAGCCGGCUCGUACUCUCCGCCGUCGUAUAUCAUGGCCGAUGACCUUGGUACUUCCCAGCUUUUGGUCUUGGUGGGAAUAACAACCUUCUGCGUUGGGUUCGCUCUCUCGCCCAUGGUCCUGGCGCCAUUAUCAGAAAUAUAUGGCCGUUAUCCGGUUUUCGUCGUUUCUGGGGUAGUUUAUGUGGCCUUUCAGGCCGUCUGCUCCGUUGCACCAACCCUGGCCGUCAUGCUCAUCGCGAGAUUUCUCGUUGGUGUCGGCGGCUCCGUCUUCAGCUCCGUAAUCGGCGGCGUCAUCGCAGACCUGUGGCCAAAGGAGCAGAGAAAUACGCCUAUGGCCCUCUUCAGCGGUGCUGUGCUUGCGGGCACAGGGGCAGGCCCCUUAGUGGCGUCUAUUGUGGUGAAGCGCAUGGGUGUCGAAAAUGGGACGAUGGCCUGGAAAUGGAUCUUCUGGCAUCAGGUCAUCAUCGACACUGUACUUGUUGUUGCUCUUGCUGUACUCUUCGAAGAGAGCCGGGGGUCAGUGAUCCUAUCAAGAAAGGCCAAGGAUCUGAACGACUGGUACCAGGCAAUCGAAGACUCGGGCUACUAUACUAUGUGGCCUGAAGACAUGGAGGAGACCAGCGGGGAUACAGACACGACUUCAGAGUCAGGCGAUAUCCGAUGGUGCUCUUACUCUGGGUCGGCAAACCAUGGUUCAACUUGCGACUCAAGUUGGUCAUGUCCCGCGCGGUGCAGACCCAAGAGACUGCGGUGGCUAGUAAAAGAUGAUGAGAAACAAGAGUCUCUGGUAAAGCUCGUUUCCGUCUCCGUCUCGCGCCCGUUUCACUUGCUGUUCACGGAGCCCGUCGUCUUCUUCUUCUCCGUCUGGUGCGCCUUUGCGUGGGCUGUUCUCUACUGUACGUUCGGGAGCAUUCCUUUGGUGCUGUCACGUACAAGAGGCAUGGACAUUGAACAGUCGGGGUAUUUCUUCAUUGCCAUGAUAGUUGGAUCUGUGGUGGCUACUACCGUCGGCGUUCUUCAAGACAAACUCCUUCGACUGCCCCAGUGGCGGGCCGACAGCCCUCUCAAUGAGCCGUCUCGCUUUUGGCUGUUCAUGAGGCAUUGGUUCCCUGUCGACGCACCCGAAUCGCGACUAUAUUUCACCUGCAUCACCGCGGUCUUAUUACCGGUCGGGCUAUUUAUUUUCGGGUUUACUGCGAACCAAAAGUUCCAUUGGGUUGCUCCAGCUUUCGGUGUCGGCCUAGCAACCUGGGGUAUUUACUCAGUUCGUGCUGCCGGAACAUACUCGGCGGGGUUUUCCCACUCGUCACCGGCGCCUUGUUUCGGAAUCUUGGAGAGAAACACGCAGGUUCGCUCCUAG